UUCCACAUUUGUCGGAAGUAUUUUGUUGUCGGACCCGUUUCCGGAGGCUGUCAGCUGUGAACGCCGCACAACUGCAAUGAGUUUUGAGUGGCCCUGGCAAUAUAAUUUUCCUCCGUUUUUUACGCUACAGCCCAAUGCUGACACGAGACAGAAGCAGCUGGCAGCAUGGUGUUCCCUGACAUUGUCGUACUGUCGGCAUCACAAACUCUACACUCUGGACGUCAUGGAAGCUCAGGAAAGCCCCAUUUUCAACAACAAGAAGAUAGAACGAAAACUUUCUAUGGAAGCCAUUCAAGUUGUGUUUGAGGAAUUAAGGAAAAAAGGCAAUUUGGAGUGGCUGGACAAAAACAAAUCUAGAUGUUUAGUCAUGUGGAGACGGCCAGAGGAAUGGGGGAAGUUAAUAUACCAGUGGAUAUCCAAAAAUGGGAUGGUCAACACUGUUUGUACACUUUAUGAGCUUUCUAAUGGUGACGACACAGAAAAUGAAGAGUUUCAUGGUCUGGAAGAGUGGAUGCUGCUGAGGUCGUUGCAAGCUUUACAGUCUGAAGGCAAAGCUGAACUCAUCACCAUGGACGACAGCAAAGGGGUCAAAUUCUUCUGAGCGGUGCUAGUGCUGUUUCUAAUUCUCUGAGCCCCAAAUUCACUCCAGAGGCCAUUUCUGCAGUGACCUUUCAGGCAAAACAAAGGUGCCUGGUGCGAGGCCAAGUCCAUGUGGUCCUGUCAUUUGCGUUGCCUUUGUUGGUUCAUGUUUUUCUACUUGGAAAUGAACUGAUGUCCUUAUUCAUAGGUUUCAGGCUGACCAUUCAAAAGAUAUAAUAUUUUGAAUUAUUAAGUGCUAAAGCAGCUAACCUAAUUUUACAUCUUUCUGAAAUCCAUGGAUAACUGAUUGGGAAAGGGGGAAAUCAGUGACACUACUAUAAUGUCACUUUUUAGGGAACUGUUGCUAAACUUUAAAGGUUCCAUAUUACGCUGUUUUCAGAUCUGUUAUCAUAAACAGACCUGGAGUUGUGUUUUGUUUCAUUCGUUCAUGACUUAACAUGAAACAACGUGACUUCAAGCCCAUAAAGGUCAAGGUUUUGCGUAAUAUUGGACCUUUUAACCAUUUGUUUUAGCAGCAAGUAUCAGGACUAAGUAUAAUCGUGAAUAAUGUUGGGUGGAGAGCUGUCACCUUCUGCUCUUUCUUUCUGUAAAUAUAGUUUUAUUUCUCUUUUAUUUUCUUGUUAACUCUGAUUUUCUGUCUCAUUAGCUCUGGUGUAGGGCCGCUGUAAUGACGUCUUUAAAAAAUCCCAAAACACAACACCAGAGGGACCCAUAUUUUGAGAAUACAUGCUUCCAUUAUAGGAACUCUACAGGGACCUGGGCCACAGACUGCUGUCUUAGUAUCGUGCUACUGUGACUCUUCUGUCCUCUCUAUCAAUAUUUCACUCCUUUUUCUUAUCCUCAAUAGAAAAAUAAAUCUACAUUUGGUAA